AGAGCACCCAUCAAAUUAUGCAAGCCAGGGGAAUUGCGUGAGGAAUAUGAAAGCCAGCUGAGGAAGCAGCGGGGUAGACAGAGCAGUUUCACCUAAGAAGAGGGCACCUUUAAAGACUACAUAAACCUGGACAGGUUCAAGGAAGAGAAGAUGUCAAAUAUGCAAGGAAAAAGGCUGUGUCAAAUAUUGGUCCUAACAACGCCCCGGCGAGUUUAAGUUGAGGGAAGAAAAAUUACAAGAGGAAAAAACGUCUGAGGAUCUGAUCCACAAGCUAAUUCUAGAAGACAUGGAAGUGGGAAAAAGAAAAAUAGAAGAACAGCAAAAAAAAGAUGAACCACUAAUGCUUAAAAUGAAUCAAGAAUGUUUUCCAGAACGCCUCUCGGAUUCAGAGAAUGAAGAACCAUUCCAGAGCAAACACACACAUCGGUCGGCUUUUGUCUCCAAAGGCAGCGCCUAUUCUUUUGCCUUCCUGACAGGGAACCUAACCUCCAAACUGGAAAGGAGUCAGAGUUGCAAUGACACCAUUCGAGAUCGAUCAAAGAGCAGGCAGAGAUCAGCCCCAGCCAACAGAACAAAGGUUCCAUCCGUGACCAGUGCGUCAACUCCCAUCGUUGGAGUUUUGUCAUCCACCCAAAACAAUCGCUGCCUCUCUGCCCCAGAUUUGACAGCAGAAAAGCGUCUGGUUUUCAACUCGGUUUCGUCACUCUCCAUCCUGCACAAGCCGGAGCGAUCCAUCAGCCCUGAGAGCAAUGACAGUAUCUCAGAAGAGCUCAAUCAUUUCAAACCCAUUGUCUGCUCACCAUGCACUCCUCCCAAGAGGCUUCCCGACGGCAAAGUCUUGAGUCCUUUGAUUAUAAAGUCUACUCCAAGGAACCUGAACCGAAGCCUGCAGAAACCAACCACCUAUGAAGCUAGUCCCAGAAUCCUGAAAAAAUGGGAGCAAAUAUUUCAGGAGCGCCAGAUUAAAAAGACUCUCUGUAAAGCUACCCUUACAUCUCUGGCUUCAGAGACCGGAGAGGACUUUCUGGUUCCUGACAUUGCUAACUCCAAUAAAGAGCAGCCACGAAUGUUAAAUGAUCAAAUUCCACCUGGUUCUGCGGCACACACAAACACAGAGUUAGAUUAUUUCCCUUCGAUCAGUGAAGUGAAGCUCGAAAGGACUAGUCACAAGAAAAACCGUUCACAGGCCUUAACAAUGGAUGGCAGUUCCUCUGAACUAGAUACAAGAGCAAAUGGAAUCUCUCUGAACACUCAAAUUUCAGAUGUGUCUGAAGUAAAAACAAAUUCAUAUCUGGACAAAUCUUGUCUUAGCAUUGGGGCAAAACUAAUGACCAGAAGAAUAAUUGGAGUCAACCCAGCACUGCCAGGGAACAGUAUGCUAGGGGUUUCUGUCAAGACAGCCGGAAAAAAGCAGCUUAAAUACCUGAACAAUAGUGAAUUGAUCAACGUACAAAAUGGUACCUGCAAUUCUGUUGAAAAUGUUAUUGGCGAACAGCCCCCUUCACUGAGACGAGGACGAAAGCGACACUGUAAAACAAAGCACUUGGAACAGAAUGGUUCCGUUAAAAGACUGAGGCAGACAGCUGGCGAGAUGGGCUUGGCCACAGCUGAUCCUUUAGUGAGGGAGAUGGAACAGAAGCUGCAGCAGGAGGAGGAAGACAGGAGGCUGGCCUUACAACUGCAGCGAAUUUUUGACAGUGAAAACAGGACAAUGGAUAGGCGGAAAGGAAGAGUAGAUCAAUAUCUCUUGCGGUCAAAGAGCACUACAGGUGCAAAGUAGCACUUAGGAACAAUGUUGCCUUUUGUAGAGGACAUGAGGUUUAUCAAAAUAUCCUAUAGGAGGAACUAUUUUCUUGUCAUACUACCACCCACAAAUUUUUUUUUUUCCUUUUUGAUGGUAAGACAUUUUAGAUCCAGUUCAUGCUGAAGCCAGGGUCCUUGCAGGUUAAAAACAAAAAUUCACCUGUCCCGUUUUGUCCAUCACUCUGAAAGACAACUGAUCCUCACCAUGUAUACGUUGAAAUGUACUUAAACAUAGUAGGUGACAUUUCUGAGUUAAAUGCUGGUGGUGACCAUCUUACUAAGGCAAUGGGAUACCAAGUAUAGGAGCCCAAUGUUAAGGACCCUGUCAAUCCAAUGUCCAGCCUGCUGCAUCAUGUCAGACAGAAAUUAGGGAUUGAAAACACAUUUACAUAAAUCUUCUAGACUGUUUCUCUCCAACAUCCCAAUCCUGUGCCUGUUUCACUCUCUCCCUUAUGCUGCAGCCAGAUACUGUGACUGGAUCAUAAGUUAGACCAUAGUGAUGUAAACUCCCUGGUUUGUGAUAACCUUGUAACAAUGGGACCCCUUAAGAAAGAGGCUGUGAGCCAUGCUUUCUCCUUUGUGUCCUAAGGAGCAAGUGGAUACACCGAUAGCGGAUACGAUUCAGUAACACCUUCCAGGGGCACAAAAAAUGAAAUACAUUAGACAGCGUAGAUCAGAGGUUAUUUUAAUGAGACCAAAUGAAAUGUAGGAAACCUGCAAACCAAGGAGUUUACGGAAAAUGCAUUGUUGAAAACUAGUUAAUCAAUGUUGGUAAUAUCACAGAAAACUUAGCUAUAAAGAAAAGGCAAAGUGAAUACUUCCAACCCACUCUCUUGGGAUGGCACGAAGGUGAAACCAAUCAACGUGGUUUUGCUCAUCUUGGACAUUUAGGAAGAGACGCAUCAGUAAGGAAGAGAGCCACCCAAAUGAAUCCGUUUGACAUUGGCAGCAU